AUGACUACAAGAGGGAAUAUGCGUCUUUCAGCAAGCGAUAAAAGUGAGGAAUUCGUAGUCAUGUCACAGGCUCUUGAUCGGGAAAUAACAAAUCUUCACUUGCAAGAUGAAACGAUCUAUCGCCGCGUAACAGAGAAAGAAUUCUUUGUGCAGUGCAAAUGCUUGAAUCAUGUAUGGAUGUCAGGAAAAUCUGCUGGUCUUGACAAACGAUUUGUAAGCCGCCUGAAGCUUGACAAACCGUCCUGCCCUGUGUUCUAUAGCCUCAUCAAAACGAGUAAGCUGAACCCCGAUGAGAUGAACUCAACAUCAGCGGCAACAUUCAAAAUCCGACCAGAAAUAAGUUGUGUGGGAGGACCAACGGAUCGAAUUUCGUGGUUCCUUAAUAAAAUCAAAAUUUUGAUGUGCUUCGUAUCCCAUGCGAAAGGAGAGACCACUGGACCACUCUGGCACGCGAUCGCGAUAGUGCGUCAAAUGGAAAAAUUACUAACGAACGCUCGACCCGAAGAACAACAGGAGUCAAGAUCGGCUGCAGGAAUACUUCUCUACUUUGCUUUUCUGACAGCUACGAUUCUAAUAAACUUCGUAUAUUGGGAUGAAGGCGACGCCACUUAUAUGUUCUUCCGAAGGAAGGUGGUCCUUAAGGGAGUGCCGGAGGUCCUCUUCUUCAAUCGCGUUGUUGGUCUUUCUCUUUCAGUUCUUCUGGAGAAUGGUCUACGAAAUAAUUCUGUUCUUCGGAAAGAAGACAAAACUGAUAUCUAUGAGGAAGGAGUGCUUCAGUACACAUGA